AUGGGGUACCAACAGUUAUACGAUCCUGCAAGCUACUCGCUGCGGACCCUAUUCGCCGUGAUCAACAAUCAUGUACUUCUACAAGCCCUGACCUUUCUGCUCGUCGCUCUGCUGUUACGGAUACUAUGGAGAUUCAAUAUAUUGCCAUAUCUACAUCCAGACAGCCCUAAGGAGCCACCGUACUGGAUCCCGUUCAUAGGACAUGGCUUCUCGUUCUUCCAAAGCGCAGAUAUACUCAUGUCUAAAGCGAGUCGGUAUUUCGGCAACAAGGAACCGUAUUCCCUCACCGUCUUCGGGAAUACCCUGUACAUCGUGACCGAGCCCCACGACACCACGGAGGUGUACAAGAGCGACGACACGCUCUCCCUCGAGAUGUUCGUCCAGGACCUCUUCCGGAGCAACGGGUACAGCGAGCACGCCCUCGGGGUAACGUACGCUAAGCUUCCCAAGGACAAGCCGGGCUUUGACAACCCGCAGGGGGUGUCGUUCAGGUCGUUCGCCAAGCAGAUGCAUACGCACCAGCUGUACCCCGGGAAGAACCUGCAGGUCCUGGAGGGCAACUUCCGCAACUGGUUCGACCAGAGCCUGAGCUUACCAGAGCUAAAGAGGACCUGCUCCCGGUUUUCGCUCGCGUACUUCGGAGACGUGCUCAGCCGGAUCAAUCCGAACCUGGCAGACGACUUCCUCGCCUUCGAUGACCUCGGCUGGCAGGUCUUCGAACUUUCAGGGAAUUCCUCGAGGUCCCGCAACGCCAGAGAAGGAGCCGCCUGGCUAAUCAAUGCGAUGGAAGACGAGGCCAGGGCUCUCGGCGUAGGUAACGAGGACAUAGCUGUGUUCGACCGCGUCACCGUGGUCGGCGGCAAGCUCCUGCGCGAGGGCCACCGCAUCAUGAUCCACUACCGCCAGCUAGCUGCACUUCGACCCGAACGUCUACGGUGCCGACAGCUACCGCUUCCGCCCGAACCGGUCCGGUGGCGGGAAGACAGUGCGUACGGGAUGCUACGCGGCGAAGCCCGCGACGCUCACUUCCGUAACCACGCUGCUGAGGAGGUUUGA